AUGUCUUCGAAACUCCGAGUGCUGGCCAGGACCAGCAAUACUUUAGCUUUACAAGGUUCGUUCCGUACGAGGGAAGAAAAAUAUGCUAAUUAUGAACACAGGAAAGAGAUUUCAUCCUCCACAGACUUUGAGGUUGGGCCAUAUCACAUCCGCAAUAAACCUGAAAAGAUUUCGCUUACCAUCUCCCUAUGUCAUACCUAUAGAAACAACUUUUUAGCACAAUAUGCAACCGGCGCUGCGGGUGCAGACAAAUUUACUGGGAAACGUACAACUCUUGAUAUCAAGAUGCCCAACCUGGAGGAGCCGGAAGAAAGUACUCAGAUAGACCAGGCGAACCCUUUCGUUCCCGACCUUUAUCAAUCCGAGGCAAAGUCCGCGAAAAUAGCCGCAGAAAAAGCGGAAACAGCGUUGCCGGGCGAUGUUCCUUUACCGAAG